AAUGGCCAUUUUUAAUCUCAUGCUGCUCGUUGCUUUUCCCAUGAUUGUUUUUUCUGCCUAAUCAAAAAUUGAAGGCAAAAUCUUGUAAUGUAACAUCGUCUUCCUUAUUUAUUGAAGAAUUACAAAGAGAAUUUGUACAUGAUGAUCCUAUUCUUAAAGUAACACUCAAUUAUGGAUAAUAUGAAACACACACCUAAAAGAAUGGAAUAUUUGCAUUGUAUACUCCUUUAAAUUAAUGUUAGUUACAAUAUUCCAAAUGGAAGAUACUUCUUAGAAGUCCAUUCAAGAUAUUUUGUUUACGAAUCCGCAUUUAUUGAUGUAUACACAAGCAAUAAAGGUACAAAUGUUGCAGUUUCAAAAAUACAUCCUAUUUCAAGAUAAAGACCUAAAUAAUAAUAAUAAUAAAACAAGUAAUAAAGAAUACAAACAAGAGAUUAAAUGCUAUUUGAGAUCAUUUAAAGAAAAGAUUACUUUGAAGUAAAAUCAUAUAAUUUAUAUUAAUAGAAAGAGGAAGAAUUAAGUUUGUCAUCUAUUUACCAAAAUUAAUAUUUCUUCAUGAUUGCAAUAACUGUGUUAAUGUUAUUUUUUGUAAAAAAAAUGCCUAUAGGUAAUUAUUAAUUUUAUUAAUUUCUUUAGAGGAAUUAUAAUCAGCAGAAAGAGCUCCAUAAUAAUAAUAAUAAUAAUAAUGA